CUGAUACAUUUCCUGUGGAAAGAGAAGGGAGCCAACAUGAAGGAAAAUGUGGCAUCCACAGUGGUUUUCAUUUUGCUACUGUUUCUCAACACCAACCUUCUGAAUGGACAGUCACCUCCUGGAAAACCUGAGAUCUUUAAAUGUCGUUCUCCCGAAAAGGAAACAUUCACCUGCUGGUGGAAGCCUGGGGCAGAUGGAGGAUUACCUACCAAUUACACGCUGACUUACCACAAGGAAGGAGAGACAUUCACCCAUGAAUGUCCAGACUACAAAACCGGUGGUCCCAACUCCUGCUACUUUAACAAGAAGCACACCUCCAUAUGGACGAUAUACAUCAUCACAGUAAACGCCACGAACCAGAUGGGAAGCAGUUCCUCGGAUCCACGUUACGUGGACGUGACUUACAUAGUUGAACCAGACCCUCCUGUGAACCUGACUUUGGAAUUAAAACAGCCAGAAGACAGAAAACCGUAUCUGUGGAUAAAAUGGUUUCCACCCACCCUGGUUGAUGUAAGAUCUGGUUGGCUCACACUCCAGUACGAAAUUCGAUUAAAACCUGAGAAAGCAGCUGAGUGGGAGACUCAUUUCGCUGGGCAGCAGACUCAGUUUAAGAUUCUCAGCUUAUAUCCAGGACAGAAAUACCUUGUCCAGGUUCACUGCAAGCCAGACCAUGGAUUCUGGAGUGAGUGGAGCCCAGAGAGCUCCAUCCAGAUACCUAAUGACUUCUCAAUGAAAGAUGCAACCGUGUGGAUCUUUGUGGCCGUUCUUUCUGCUGUCAUCUGUUUGAUUAUGGUCUGGGCAGUGGCUUUGAAGGGCUACAGCAUGGUGACCUGCAUCCUCCCUCCGGUUCCUGGGCCAAAAAUAAAAGGAUUUGAUACUCAUCUGCUGGAGGUAAUGCCAGAGAAGGGCAAGUCCGAAGAACUUCUGAGCGCCCUGGGAUGCCAAGACUUCCCUCCCACUUCCGACUGCGAGGACUUACUGGUGGAGUUCUUAGAGGUGGAAGACACCGAGGGCCAGCAGCUGAUGCCAGCUCCCUCCAAAGGACAGCCGGGGCCAGGCGCGAAGCCCACGUGCUUGGACCCCGACAGCGACUCUGGCCGGGGCAGCUGCGACAGCCCUUCCCUUUUGUCUGAAAAGUGUGAUGAACCUCGGGCCAAUCCCUCCAAGUUCUACUCUCCCGAGGGCCUUGAGAAGGCAGAGAAGCCUGAAACAAACGUUACCCAGCCCCAGGGCCCUCCGAGCACAAGCGUGGAAGGCGAAAUGCCCUCUUUUCAUGCCAGCGGAUCCCAACCUUCAACGUGGCCUUUGCUGCAGCCCCCCAGCCCGCACUACUCCAGGUCAUCUUACCACAGCGUUGCGGAUGUGUGUAAGCUGGGCCUGGGCACGGCAGGUGCUGCAUCCACUUUGUUGCACAAAACAGACACACGUGGUUUAAGACCCUCGCAAACCAUGGGGACUGGCGGGGAAGGAAAGGCAGCUGAGCAGGGGGAGUCGGAAAGCUUCCGUUCCGAGACGGACCAAGACGCGGCACGGCCGCUGCCCCCGGACAAGGCCCCCUUGAUCUCUGCUAAGCCCUUGGAGUACGUGGAGAUCCACAAAGUCAGCCAAGAUGGAGCGCUGGCCCUGCUCCCGAAACCAAACGCGAACAGCGGCCCGGCGGAGAAGACCAGCACCCCUGAAACCAGCAAGGAGUACUCGAAGGUGUCCCGGGUGAUGGAUAACAACAUCCUGGUGUUGGUGCAGGAUCGGCGAGCGCAAAACCUGGCUCCGUUUGAAGAACCAGCCAAGGAGGCCCCGCCAUCCCUGCCACAGAAUCCAGCCGAGGUAGACCUGGCCUCCUUCCCCGCGGCCCCGAGCAACUGCAGACUCCAGCUCGGUGGGUUGGAUUACCUGCAUCCCACAGGUUUUAUGCACUCCUUUCAGUGA